AUGCCAGCUGGGUCAGAGAAGAGUGGAGUUGUUUGUUUUCAAUAUCAGCAACCUGGACAUUACAAGUCCAACUGUCCUAUGAAAUCAUCUGCAGUUCCUACAGCAUCGAGAGCUUGUUAUGGGUGUGGCCAGCCAGAUCAUUUGAUUCGGGAUUACCCGAAUCGGGGAAUAGAAAUGGGUAGUGGCAGAGGGUCACAGCAGAGGCUGUCGCAGUCGGCUACAGCUCAAUCAGGUUUUAGACCGCCACCACCACCACAGUCUGCCAUGUCCUCUCAGGGUUCACGGCCAGUUAGGAGGGAUACUCCUACUAUAGGAAGAGUCACAGUUUGCACUCCCGAGGGAGAUUGCUUCUUUUUCAUGGGAGAUCGAAGUGAUUUCCAACCUUCAUCAAUGUAUGGAAUUAGUGGAUGA